CGCAUGCGUUCUGUGUCGUACUGGAGAGGUACUGCGAAUCCUCGCCCGUGUAGUGCUAGAGUUGUGGAGGCGACGGCGUUUUCCCGCGCUUUUUCUGGGCCCCUCAGGCUUCUUUUCAGCAUCUGGAGACUUCACUCUCUAUUAUGUCUUUGUGUGAAGACAUGCUGCUUUGUAACUAUCGCAAGUGUCGCCUCAAACUCUCUGGUUAUGCAUGGGUCACUGCCUGCUCUCACAUCUUCUGUGAUCAGCAUGGCAGUGGUGAGUUUAGUCGGUCACCAGCUAUCUGCCCUGCCUGCAAUAGUACUCUUUCUGGAAAGCUAGACAUUGUCCGCACAGAACUCAGUCCAUCAGAGGAAUAUAAAGCCAUGGUAUUGGCAGGACUUCGACCGGAAAUUGUGUUGGACAUUAGCUCCCGUGCACUGGCCUUCUGGACAUAUCAGGUACAUCAGGAGCGUCUCUAUCAAGAAUAUAAUUUCAGCAAGGCCGAAGGCCAUCUGAAACAGAUGGAGAAGAUAUAUACUCAGCAAAUACAGAGCAAGGAUGUAGAGUUGACCUCUAUGAAGGGGGAGGUCACCUCUAUGAAGAAGGUGCUAGAAGAAUAUAAGAAGAAGUUCAGUGACAUAUCUGAGAAACUUAUGGAGCGAAAUCGUCAGUAUCAAAAGCUCCAAGGCCUCUAUGAUAGCCUUAGGCUGCGAAACAUCACUAUUGCUAACCAAGAAAGUACCCUUGAGCCUUCCAUGAUUGCACAAUCUGGUGUUUUUGGCUUUCCAUUAGGGAACAACUCCAAGUUUCCUUUGGACAGUUCACCAGUUCGAAAUCAGGGUGGUGGAGAUGGAGAUUUUCACUUCAGACCAUUUUUUGUGGGGUCUCCCACAGCACCUGAACCCAGCAACAGCUUUUUUAGUUUUGCUUCCCCAAGUCGUGAAUUAGAGCAGCAGCAAAUCUCGAGCAGGGCCUUUAAAGUAAAAAGAAUUUAGCUCACUUUACAGAAUUAUUUCUCUCUUCACUAUUAGUGAUCUCAUUUAGCAAAUAAUCUUUAUUCUGAUUAGGAUAGGAGUCACCAACCUUUGUGUGUUAUUACAUUUUCAACUUAUGAGAAACUCAGUGCCAGUAGGAGUCCCUUUAGGGUCUGGCCCCCCCCAUUAUUUAAAGUAUGAGCAUUGUAUUGAGCCGAAUUUUAUUGUGACUGUUGAAUUUUCAUGUUUUGUAGAUGACUGUUUGUUUUCUGUCUGUGUUAUUUCUGACUGAACUAGGUGUUUAUGUAUAUGUACAUAAGCACCUAUAUUAUAGGUCUACAUGUCACUUUGUGUUCUGGUAUUUACGCAUAUGUGUGUGUGUGUGUGUAUUUGUGUUCCUUUAUAUUGAUAUUUUGCUGUAUUUUCCAGUAUAUUUAUGCAGAGACUUUGGUCUCAGGAAGUGGCAGGUGAAUCUUUGUAGUUUGUUAUUUGGGUAUGUACAUCUAUUUGUAUGUAUUUUUGUAUUUGCCCUUGUAUUAAUUUGUUUGGAGUGUGCUCAUGUUGGUGAAUAAGAAUACAAUUUCAUGCUUUUAUGUUAAGUCUAUAUUUACAAUUAAAAAUGAUUCACAUUGGCUGGGAGGUUUGGUGAUCCUGGUGGUGGG